AUGGAUGUUUUCCAGGCCAAGCCAAUCUUUACGGCUGUCUCAGUCGUAGGAGUAACUUUGCUGGGCUAUUUCUUCACACGACUCUAUGCAGCGCGGAUGCUCAUGGUAAAGCUUCAGAAGCAAGGCUGCCCCGUAGCACCUGGACAUUCCUUCCUCUUUGGCCACCUUCUCCUACUUGGGAAAAUGUCCAGGCGCCUUCCAAAAGAUGCUCACUACCAAUAUAUGUUCGGCGAGAUCUACCGCGACUAUUUUGAGUCUACAGGCGUAUAUUAUAUGGAUCUCUGGCCCAUGACUGGACUCUUCAUGUGCAUCCACUCUCCCACGACUGCCAUCUCUGUAACGCAGACCAAUACUCUAAUCGCCGCGCGCAAAGUUGACCUUUUGCCACGCUUUUUCAAGCCAAUCGCGGGAGGCCCCUGUCUCUUCGAUAUGCCCGAAGAAGCAUGGAGACCGUGGCGCGCUGUAUUCAAUAAGGCGUUUAAUAAUGAACAUUUCCAGAAGCUGGUCCCGGAGAUGGUCAAGCAGAUCGAAGUUUAUAAGGAUAUUUUAAGAGAGCACGCCGAAAAGAGCGAUAUGUUCUAUCUGGAUACCACGACUCUGCGUUUCACUAUGGAUCUAAUUGGAAAGACAAUCAUGAACACCGAAUUUCAUGCUCAACGCGGGUACAAUGUUCUUGCAGACUCUAUGAUUAGCCAAAUUCGCUGGCAUGAGCCUGCCGCAGCUAUCGACCCCUUCAGCCGCAUAAAUGUAGCACGAUGGUAUAUGGAAUGGUCUAACGGAAGAAAGAUGGAUGCAUAUAUUAGUGCAGAGCUAGAUCGAAGAUAUGCGGAAUACAAAGCCGACUCCAAGGAUUCACGCAGCAAAGCUAUUAUUGAUCUCAUUUUGCAAGCAGAAAUCGCCCCCGACGCCGAUGUCAAGCCUGACAAACUAGACCCUGAUUUCAAGGCAUUCGCGAUUAGGCAAAUCCGCUUAUUUGUUUUCUCGGGUCAUGACUCACUCAGUAGUACAAUCUGCUAUAUCUACCAUUUACUCUCGAAAAAUGUCGAGCCGAUGCGAAAAGUCAGAGAAGAACAUGAUCUUGUUUUUGGAAAACAGAUCGAUGGAGCAAGCGAGCUUUUGAAAACCAAACCACAUCUCGCAAAUGAUUUGCCUUACACAACAGCUGUCAUCAAGGAAACGCUUCGACUUUUUCCUGCCGCGUCAAGUUCCAGACAAGGAUAUCCAGGUGUGACUCUUUAUGAUGAUCAGGGCACUGCAUGUCCUACCAAUGGUGCAGUCUGCUUCAUUGAUCAUGUAGGGAUGCACCGCGCACCGAAGUACUGGGUUAGACCUGAAGAAUUUCUUCCAGAACGAUGGCUGGUAGACCCAGGCCAUGAGCUAUACCCUGUGAAAGGUGCAUGGAGACCGUUCGAAUAUGGCCCAAGAAACUGCAUUGCCCAGGGACUAGUCAUGAUGGAGUUGAGGGUUUUGUUGGCCUGCACUGUACGAGAAUUUGUGUUUGAGGAUGCAUAUGAAGAAUGGGAUAGGUCUCAUAAGAAGAAAGGCCCACAAACUCAUAGAGGAGAGAGAGCAUAUCAGAUUGAAGAAGCUGCGGCACACCCGAGUGCCCAUUAUCCUUGCCGAGUGAGGAUGAUAAAUGUUUGA